AAAUUGUUUUAGUUGAGUGACUGAGCUCGAACUGUGCGCAUUGCAAAUUUUUAAAAUUUUGACAAAAACGCUGAAGUGCGAAAAAUCGAAAGGGAAAUUUUUAAUAAAUUUUAUCGAGUGCCAUUCAUUGGAAACAUUCUAAUUUAAUUCCAUAGAGACAUGUCCUAUGCCAAAAAUCAGGUGCCCUCCGAGGAGGAGAUACAAGUGGAAAAUGCAAAGAAUUUGAAGAAGAUCAAUUCGAAUCAGUUGCUGCCGGUGCUGCCAAAGAAGACGCCCUGGCAGGAGGCAAUCGAGAAUUUGCUGAUCAGCAAUCUGGAGAAGGAUGUCAAGAUCACGAUUGGCCAGCAGAGCUUCGAGUGCCACAGCUGCGUGCUGCGCACAUUCUGCGAACUAUUCGCGGACACGCUGCAGCCGGGGAGUAGUGUGAGCCUGCCCGAGGAUAAGAUCACCGCUGAGUCCUUUGACAUUGCCUACAACUGGAUGAUCAGCUCGGAUAGCAACUGUCAGCGUGGCAAGCUGAUGGAUCUGCUGUUGGCUGCCGAAUAUCUGUGUGCCCCGAAGCUGCUGCAGAGCGUCUUCGGGGCGCUGAAUGAUGUGCGUUACUUCUCGAAUGUGGAUGCCUUGAACUGCUAUAUCGAGGCCUGCACCAAGGGCAUCAUGAAUGUGGCCGAUCUGAUGAUCGAUCGUUUUGGCAAGUCGUUUCUAGUGCUCGUCUCGUCGGAGGAGUAUCGCGAGCUGGAGGUGAAUUUGCUGUGUAAUCUGCUUAGCUCCGAUCUGCUGGGCGUUCACACCGAGGUGGAGGUAUUCUAUGCGGCCCUGAUGUGGGUCCUCACCGAUUAUGCGGAGCGCAAGGUGCACAUGCGCCGUGUCCUUAAGACGGUGCGCUUCGAGCUGAUGCCCUCGCUGGUGCUGCUCAAUUUUGGCGAGCGACUCAACGAGCUCAUGCCGGACGCUGUGGAUCUGAUGUUCUUUCUGCUACACCUCGCCGUCAUCAAUAGUCAGGAGCGUUCGAAUAAGACACUGAACAAACUUGGUGAGCGUCAUCGCAUCUACAUUAGGGAUCCGCUGUGUCCCUAUUUGCAGCUCUUGGACAGCCGCACCGAAGAGCUGAGCGCCACGAUGUUCAAGGAUUACAUUGUAUCGCUGGAGGAUAGCUUCGAGGAGUUCCAAGCACGCAUAACAGAGUUGGUGGACGAGGACGACGAGGACGAAGAUUAUGAGAGUGAAGAGGACGAAGAGCUAGGCGACUAUGAGUUCGAUGAGGAGGAAGACGACGUUGUCGAUGUAGAGGAGGGGGACGAGGAAGACGUCGACGUAGAGCUGCUCACCGAGGAAGCAGAGCAAGAGACAAUGUUGUAGAUGGGGAAACUAGUUAAACUUGUUACAAUUUUGUUUUGUUGGUCUUUUAAUAA